AAGAGACACAUCCCGAAGGUCCCCGUGGUGAUAAACAUGCAGAAAAGCAAUGCCAAGCGAAUCUCGUGCAAACGAUGCCAGCAGAGAAAGAUUCGCUGUUCUCGCACGUUCCCAUGUACCAACUGCUCCACUGCGUUGGCCAAGUGUGAGUUCCGGGAGAGCGACUUCAAGCGGCCGCCAGUGUCGCGCGAGUAUGUUGCGACGCUCGAGUCCCGCAUCGCGUCGCUCGAGAGUCUCGUCGGCAGGCUGAAGACUGCGGAUAGGGAUGAGCGCAACCGGAUCUUGGACGACCUGGAGGACCAGGACUAUGUGCCUUCGUUCUCCAGCCUGCCGUUGGAGGACGAAAUCGCACUGAGUGAAGCCAUGACGAAGGCCUCGUUCCAGGAGAUGACUGACGGUAAACGAAGACCUCCCCUCUUUCGCCGUCCUGCCGAUCGAUGACGCCUGACUUUCACCCUUUUCAGGUUCACUAAUCUACCACGGGCC